AUGAUGACUGAAAGUGUGCAACCGACAGGCGAAAUUGCUGUCCGAAGCCUUGAACCACUCGCUAUUGAAAUUCCCGGAGAGCCGAGAGUCGAUUCAGUCGACGCUUUUUGUGAUAGAUAUUGCUCUGAGAAUAUGGAAACUAAAACUAAAAUCUAUAUUUGUUUGCUCCUCAUUCUCCCUUCUUUGAUUUAUUUUCUGGUUUCUAUCAACUUUUCUCAUCCGACAAAAGCGAAUAUCCAGCACUUCGAAAAGCCUAUUAUACUGAACAUUACAACGUUUUCUGAAGAGAAUUUCUCAACGGAAGAGUAUGCGGAAGCAUUCGAUCUUGCAGUCAAAAACGAUCAAUUGGUCAUGCCAACCGGAGUCAGCAGCGAGACUAUCAGAAAAUAUGUUGCCACUUCAUCUGUUAAACGAUACUUCGACGACGAAUCUACAGUUUAUUUGCUUCGUCGAUUAUAG